CAUGGCUGUGUGUAAUUCAUAUGAAGAAUGCAAAGCAUUUGAUUAUGAGUUGCUAAUGGACAAAUGCCAUUUAAAGAGUGUAUUUUCGACCAAGGUACAUAAAGCUAAAUUUGUAUUAUUUGUAAAAGAUAUACAACUUCAACCACUGAACAACUUUUAUGAUAUUUGGGAGAAUAAAGGAAUUGUUACACAAUUCAACUUUCAUGUUGAUGAAUGGAAUUCACAUUCAAAAGUAGUAGCGCUUGAUGAAUGUCUAACUGUAUGCAAUUUGCAUUCUGGUUGCAAAGCUUUUAAUUAUAUUUUAGACACUAGAGAAUGUUUUUUAAGAAGUCAGUUUACCAGUUAUACUGUCUUUUCAGGAGGUCUACUAUACAAAAAAGAAUUCUUGUUACAUUUGAAUGAUGAAAGUGAUAUUUAUACAGGAAUUUAUAAAUCUCUAAUUGAAGGAAAAGAAUUGAAUUCAAGAAACAAUUAUGAAUUAAUCUAUUAUUGUUAUUUCUAUGCUAUUGAAUCAAAUAAAAAUGCAUUUCAAUUUCCAAAUAUUACUGAUAAAUGGAGAAUUAGUGAAACUCAUAGAAUUAUUCAAGUAAAUUUGCAAAAGGCUUUUCAAGAAAAAGAUUACAGAAAGUUAAAAGUAGCUAUAGAUAAAGAUUAUGUUGAACCAAUAAAUCCUCUAUUACUUAAAGAUUUAUCAAAAGCUAAUGAAUUAAAAGCAAAUUUGGACCAAAUUCGUGGUUUGCAAAAAAGAAUUUUAAAACUUGAUGCAAAAUGUAUUGCAGACUUAAAUCAGUAUAAUCAACCAUCAACUGUUGUACAUCUGAUUAUAAAAUCAACAUUAUUGAUUUUAUCAAUUGGUGAAGUACAAACUGAUGAAUGGAAAGAAUGUCGAGUUUUUAUUAAAUAUGCAUGCUCUAACUCAAUUUUAAAGAAAAUCUAA